AAACCCCCAAAUUCUGUGACUAAGCUUGCCAUGUGGAUAAUUUAGUAUUUAUGUUAUUGUGGAGUGUUGAGAUUCAGCUCUGAAAUAGUAGCAUGUUUUAUUCAAGUCAAGAAUGUUGGAGCCAAUUACAAGAAUGGAGAGAAUAUCUGUAAGGGGAGAGUGUGUUAAUGAACCACAUAAGAUGGUCACAUUCGGUGUUGCCUUUCAUGUGUUUUCAUAUCUGCUGAAGCGAAGCAAGAAAAGUGCUGUGCUGGGGCAGUGUGCACGCAUGGCUUAGAGCUGAAUAGAUGUAAAUGGUUAAAAAGGGGUUCUUUGCUAGAGAGGAGGAGGGGAGAGUAAGAGUGCAUUCCCAAAAAAGUACAUUCCCAAAAUAAAAAGCUUACAUCAUGGACCUCUUCAGCUUUCCCACACUUCUUUCCUAAUUAUUGUCCUGCAGGACAGCUGAUCUAUUUCAAACAGGAAGCUGUUUACAGAUAACACUUGCAACUGUUUUGUCUGAUUUGUUGAACUGUCGAAAAGCAAAAGACAACCUCUUUUCAAAUUAAAAACUGUCAGACUUCUGUAAACAGCAGCAAUGAGGUUCAUCUGUGCAGUGUCCCUGCAGGCACAGAGCGUUCUGCAGUUCCCAUUUUCUCAGCAACCGUAAGGAGUCAGUGACCUGUAAGUGCUCAUUAUGAAGAGAGAUCUGGUUUUCUUGGUGACUCUAAUUAGCCUUGCCUUCCUGUCACUGCUAAGGUCUGGAUAUCCUCAACAUAUUGCAGAGGAGUCCUGCUCUGUUCAAAUUCUUGUUCCAGGCCUCAAAGGAGAGGCUGGAGAAAAGGGGGAGAAAGGUGCUCCAGGUCGUCCAGGCAGAGUUGGGCCUCCAGGAGAGAAAGGAGAAAUGGGGGACAAAGGACAAAAAGGCAGCAUGGGACGGCAUGGAAAAAUUGGUCCUAUUGGUUCAAAAGGUGAAAAAGGAGAUAAUGGUGACAUAGGACCACCAGGUCCUAAUGGUGACCCAGGCAUCCCCUGUGAGUGCAGCCAGCUAAGGAAGGCUAUUGGUGAAAUGGAUAUCCAAGUGGCCCAGCUGACAACAGAACUAAAAUUCAUAAAAAAUGCACUGCCCUCCCCCGCAGCUGUUGCUGGUGUGCGUGAGACAGAUAAUAAGAUCUAUCUGCUGGUGAAGGAAGAGAAGAGAUACAAGGAAGCCCAGCUCUACUGCCAUGGAAGAGGAGGGACCCUGAGCAUGCCCAAGGAUGAGACUGCCAACAAUCUCAUCGCUUCGUACAUCAACCAAGCCGGGCUCACCAGAGUUUUCAUUGGGAUUAACGACCUAGAGAAAGAGGGAAAUUUUGUCUAUUCUGACCGAUCGCCCAUGCAGACCUUCAACAAAUGGCGCAGUGGGGAGCCCAACAAUGCUUAUGAUGAGGAGGACUGUGUGGAGAUGGUGGCUUCUGGAGGGUGGAAUGAUGUUGCUUGUCAUAUUACCAUGUAUUUUGUGUGUGAAUUUGACAAAGAAAAUGUCUAAGCUUGUCUGCUCUUUCUUUUUUCUAAGAAAAGUUUUUAAGCCGAUUGUACAAGUUACCCCAUGUUUAUAGAGUACAAGUGAUAUUUUGCAAGUAUGUGGCAUCAGUGUUGUACAGCUGUAAAUACAAUUUAGGUAUUUCAAAUAUCAGUAUUUACCCUUCAGAAGGGAAGAGCAGUGAUAAGACAUAGCUUGUUUUUUCUGUAGGAAAAUAUAUGUAUUUAGAUAAAAAGGUGGUUUGGGGCUAAAUUCUGCCCUCACAACAGUUAACAAAUGUGAUUGCAUGACUGUAAGGGAAGGCACAAUUUGGCCUCUAGUUGUUAGAAUGAUUAUUUCUGAAGAAGUAGAUUCCCGAUAUUCUUUUAUCUUAGCAAAAUUUGUAGUUAUAAAUGUUAAUUGCUUGUAGUGCUAUAGGGAUGUUUCAGCAACAAGGCAAACAUUUUGUAUACUCCAGGUAGUAAUUAUAAAUAUUACUGUAAGUUUUUUGGAUGUGAAGAUGUUACAACAUUUUUUAUUUUAAAAACAGCCAAAGCAAACCAACAAAUCAGGAAUUCUACCAAUUUUGUAAUGUUUCUUUAUUAAGCUGUUCACAGAUGUAUGACAAGGAGGCACUUAAGUAAACUGUGUUUUAGUGCUGAGGGAGGAUAAAGUUCUUAUAAUUUAGUACUGAAAGAGGGAUCCCAGCCCAAUGGGUGUUUUGGUUUUGGGGUUGGCUAAAGGUAAAAGUAGGAUUUUGAUUUUCUGCAUUCUUUAGCUGGGAAUGAUUUAGUGCAUGAACUGUUUCAGGCCCCAAAUAAUUUCUUAAAGUAAAUGCGUUUCACAUUUGUAUAAGAUGAUCUUGGUGCAUCUUGUUACGAAACAAACAAAAUACCAGCCCUCCACAAUCUAAGGCAGACUUCAUAAAUAUACAACAAAUCUUGUAAAAAUGGUUUCACUAGUAGUUCCUUUUGGUAGGGAAACGGCUUACAUGUUUACUCAGAUUGUAAAGAUGACCCCCUGAAAAGCAGCAAAAGUUUCCAAAAUUUUCCUGGUUAUGUAUAUAGAAGUAAUAAGUAAUUUUGCGCAAAUAAUUUAUGUACCAAAUUUACAAUUGCAUGUGAUGGAAAAUGUGGUGUAUAUUUAAAAAAACCAACAAUGUAAUUUCACAAAGGAAAUGAUUAAUUACUUUGAAUCUUUGUAGGAGCCAGUUGCAUGACAUCUUAUCUUGCUGUUAGGCAUAGAAAGAUGACUGCAAAAUCUCUGACUGUGUUUUUUCAAGAAUACCUUGCAGAGUGUUUUAAGAUGAUUUUUAAGGAGAAAUGAUCCUUUGUAUAACAUAGUAAUCAAAAUACAUACCUGAUCAUUAUGGGAGAUUGGUCUACGGGAUAUCCACAGUGGAUAUGGCAUGUGGUCCCAGAGAUUUCCCUACAGCAAGGCAAGACCAACUCAUAUCAACUCUACAGUGCUGUGGUAUAUAAACUAUCAAUGACCAUACAAUUCUGUUCAUAUCCACAGAGUCUGACAAUAUUUGAUGCGAUGCUAUCAUUAUAUACCUAAGAAAAGAAACCAUUUUGCUUGCUAUAUUUACUCUGUGAAUUUGAAUCCAUUAUAUAUAUAAAUGUUUGCUAUUAAUUUUGAAGAUCAGUAGCAAAUUCCUAUAGUAUUUGAAUAUCAGCCCAGCUCCAGAGCAAUCACUCUAAGAAAUGAAUGGUCCUUUGAUUGCUUUAUUUUCUAAUAAAGGUAGGUAUGAUUCCUAUAUGUUAGGUGUUCUUCCAAGUGUAUACUGAAAUCUAUUAAAUAAUGUGAAUAUGGUUCUACGCUAAUAUUCAAAGACUCUUUACAGAAUUUGCAGGGAGCUAACAAUUCCAGUGGAGCAAUUUGUUUGGUUAGAAUAGCGCCUUUUGAAUAUCAUGAUUGUUUCCUGCCUUCUAUAGAAAUCCUCAGAAACCAUUUAAAUCCCCAACAUACUUUUGUAGAAUCAUUGUAGCUAUAUUAAACCAGUCCAAACCUGAGUUACAGAUAUCUAGAGCUCCCUCAUUAUGUAUGUGCUGAAGUUGCUAACUGUUUAUUUUUCACCCAGGUUUUGAAAAUCUCUGUUGUAAUGUUCGAUUUCCUCAGAAACAUGAAAAGAGGCCUUUUGAGGAGGUGGGAAGCUUUUUCAAAUGCCAAGUGCUCCUAUUUUAGCUGGAAGUCACACCACAGUUAUAAAGAUUGCCUUGAUGUGUAGAGCAUUUAAGCAGUCUCAAUUUCUAUUAAAAUUUAAGAUGAAAAAUAAAGGCAAUGGAAAAAACA